AUAGGCUCUUAUGUUGAUCCUCGUCAGCUGCUAUCAUGAAACCCCACUGUGCCCAUGGCUUGAUGUGCAGUCCGGUACAGAACUCUACCGAAUAGUUUACGCCGUUGGCCAAGCGAUUUUGAAUGAGACGGCAGAGACCGUCUAAUUUACCUUURAUUGGAAUUUCGAUGCGCGCUAUAAUUCGGUAAUUCCAAGGGAAGAUCGGCUCUGCAUUCCGUGUCAAAUUACGGCGACUAGGCUAUCUGUCGCCAUUAGGGUAGCCUUCCAAUGGUAGGCUACUCGAUUGACGGGGUUUAAUAAUCUUUUUAGGUAGAAGUGUAGUUUUAGUCUGAGAUCUGCGGUUUGCUGAUAGGUUUGGCUACUGCGCUUUCAAGGAUACGACAACGACACGUCCAAGGAGCAAUUGACUCGUGCGAGUGUUUUUUCUUAUCUGUGUCCACGAGCUGAGGAGAAGAAGCCGCAAUCAUGUUCGAGACGAGAGGGAUUCCUUUUAUUCUGCUUGACAUAGCCUGUUUAAUUAUCGGGGGACUGCCCCUGGCAGCCUUUAACUUGGGCAAAAUCAAGCCCUAUCAGAGGGGCUUUUUCUGUAACGAUGACAGCAUCAGSUACCCCUUCCACCAGAGUACAGUCACCUCCAUUGUGCUCUACACGGCGGGCUUCGCUCUGCCCAUUUGCUGUAUGGUCUUUGGAGAGUGCCUUUCAGUCUAUCUAAAGCGCAUCAAAUCAAAGUCCUCUUUCAGCAACAUGUAUGUGGCCAGUGUUUACAAAGCCAUCGGCACCUUCGUGUUCGGGGCUGCCAUGAGCCAAUCGCUCACUGACAUCGCCAAGUAUUCGAUUGGUCGGCUGCGACCUCACUUCCUGGACGUGUGCAAGCCCGACUGGAAGCUGAUCAACUGCACGGCAGGCGCCUACGUUGAGGACUUCACCUGCACCGGGGAUACGCACAUGGUCAACGAGGCCAGGCUGUCCUUCUACUCCGGCCACUCCUCCUUCUCCAUGUACUGCAUGCUGUUCCUGGCACUAUACAUUCAGGCCAGACUGCAGGCAGAGUGGGCUAGACUCCUGAGACCAACAGUCCAGUUCUUCCUGAUCGCUGCAUCCGUGUACACUGGCCUGUCCCGUGUGUCCGACUACAAACACCACUGGAGCGACGUCCUGGCUGGCCUCAUUCAGGGAGCACUCGUGGCCAUACUGGUGGUAUUUUUUGUGUCAGACUUCUUCAAGAAGAGGGUGGAGCCUCAGGAGGAUGUGGAGAUUCCCCACAACAGCCUGCAAGAGACACCCACUAACGGAAACCAUUACGACAGCAGCCCCAACUAAGCUAUAGAGAAGAGGAACCGUACACCUGCGUAUCUGGUGGGAAGCGUUUACUGCAUGCACAUCAUACCCCACCGAGGGUCAGACCACUGGGGUGGAAAGGAAAUUAUGCAUCUCAAAUGGCAUCCUAUUCCCUACAUAGUGCACUAGUUUUGACCAGGACCCAUAGGACUAUGACCAAAACUAGUGCACUAUGUAGGGAAUAGGGUGCCAUUUGGGAAUUAACCAGACAUGUGAAUGUAACCCUGCUUUCCUGACCCUAUGACCUGGAGCCAAGCUGUCUGAGCUCCCUAUUGGACUCUGAGUCCCACCCAUGUUGCCUUGGCUGGACUGCUACUAUUACAGCUUCCUGUGUAUUAUCCAGACCAAUAUAAUGUAUCUUCACCUGAAGCAACAAAAAAA